GUAUGCAGCCUUGAGGAGGUUGUUAAGAAAUUUGUCUUGGACGUAGAGCUUGUGUACGCAAAGUCGUGUGUGAAUGUUACGGCGGCUUCUGAAGACAUUGUUUGCGUCCAGAAGCAAGCGGGUAUCGAAGAACUUCAAAGGGCCCUUAACAGUUUGUUGGUCUUGUUAAGAAAGCAUCUCGGGACAUUAGAAAAGCUUCCCCACAACAUCUUUCAAAUCUUGUUGAACGAGGGAGGACCUGAACUUUCAUCUGAAGCUUCACACCUUUUAGAGACUAAAUAUUCUGAAAUGGUGUAUAUGGAAUACUUGCAAAAGGAGGAUCUGCAAGGGCGUGUUCAAUCAAAAUUUGAGUGUUCAAAAGCCGUAAUUUGUUUUGAUGUUUCACCACAGUUAGACUACAUGGUAUGCGAUUGCUAUGAUAACACGAUACAGCUGUGGUCGAUCCGUACUGGCAAGCAGUUAUGGAAACGAGAUGUCCAGGUAAAGAAAGAUUACUACUUCGAGUAUGAUGACGAUGACUUUUUUCCUAUCUACGAACCAUAUAAGGGAACCAAAAAUCACUGCGUCAGCGACGAGUAUGACGACGAUGAUCUGCCAUGUCCUCCCAAGUCAAUUUACCGCUCAGUAGUGUUUCAUCCUACAGAGGACCUUGUCUUACCAGGAAUCCUCAGCCAUGCCUAUACGUUUGACGGGGACCUAAAACCACUUUUCCUUUCUAGCAAGUGCUGUUUCUGGGUUUGUUCAAUUUCUGCAGAAAAGACCAAGAUGCUAACUGAUUGCCCCAAUGAUGCUAAAUCAAUUAUCAUGUGGAGUCUGAAAGAUGGCUCAGAGAUGAAUCGUUUUUCAUGGAGUGACGAUAUUGUGUCAUUUGCUUGGUCUCGCGCUGGAAGACUGCUAGCAAUUUCUGACCUGUCUGGUUCGUUAACUUUGGUUGACGUAAUGAAUGAUUAUAGAACUCUAGCACAGACAGCUAUUUCAGAAGUAUGCGGAAUGAUAAAGUUCUCCCCUGACUGUCGUUGUCUGUAUUCUUUGGUUUUCAACAGUGCUAGGUGCCAUCUCUUUCUUUUAGACGUCAACAUGGAAAAUGACGGCGACUUUUCUUUAGAUGUUUUGCCUAAUGAAGUGUCUUAUCACCCCUGGGAAUUUGAAUCGUGUAGUGAGACCGGAUUUUUAUUAGGAGAUCCUUUUUGGUUACCAUCUGAAGGAGAUGCCAUCCUCUCACGGAAACCUGGACUUGCUUUUUUGCUCAGUGAAAACUCUGUAUUGACCGGUGCUUGUGGUGAUUGCACCAUAGAGAUGCUACAGCGUGAUAAACUGACGCAAGACAGUGCCAGCGUUUCAAUAACUACUGCGCGGAAAGUCGUAUUAUCACUGAAUGGUGACACGCUGUUUGUUAUCACUACAACAGAUGGCAGUCCAGCAACACUUAUGGCUUGGGACAUUUCGAGUGGUAUGUUCAAACCUGAGAUAAAAGUUUUUGAAGACACUGGUUGCUUGAAUGAAUAUAAUCUUGUAGCUGUAAGAGAAGGUGUUCUGGUGCAAACCAGUCACAACGUCCUUGAGCUGUGGAAUUUUGAGUUGUCUGAGUGCAUCCGAAGUUGGACUGAC